UACUGGCGGAAGUGGUCGAAACAGUACAUAUGGUAUUUAGCCAUUUGUAACAUUUGGCAAAAAAAAUGUCUAAAAUACAGUGGUUAAGAGUGUUCCUCAACCAGCGAUUAACAGCGGCUGCUGAGGAGAUAUUUGGCGCAGUUGAAAAAACAAUUUCAGAGUACCAAGAAGAGGUUUCCCGUUCGAGAGAGGAGAACGACCGUUUACAGAAGCUUCUUGAAACCGUUGUUAAACCUGAGAUCAAGUUAAAUAAAACUGACUUCCAGCCACUCUCUGUUUCUGAAGAGCAGGAUAUCCCUGAAGUGCAGCCCUGUGAGCAGGAGUGGAGCCCCAGGCUAGGACAUGAGGACAGCGAGCCUGUACAGAUAAAAAAAGAGCAGGAGGAACUCAAAAAGCAACUUCAGUGGCUGGAGACGGAUACCAGAGAGUUCAUAUUUGAUCCUGUCUGUGCAGUUGAUUACGAUCAGACCCCUGCGCAGUCCAUGCAAAUCCAGAGUGAAGAAAUUAAGGAGAGAGGUUGUCAUUCGAAAAUAUUAACUGGACCGAUGAAAACAGAACCUGACGGAGAGGAUUACAGACUAUCAGAACCCGCCUGUUCUGCAGCUCCAAGUCAAAACAGUGAACACGUCCAAGGGUCGCAGGCAGCCCCAAAGCCCCACAAACCAAAGGCACCAAGACAACAAAAAAGAAAACGGAUUUACAGCAAUGCAAAUGGCAUGAAAUGUACUCCUAGUUCUUGCAAAGUCUGUGGGAAGUCGUUUCGGUACAAGCUUCCUUUUUUGAAUCACGUGCAGAGUCAUGCGCAUGUGGAGGAUAAAGAGCGUGUCUGUGGCAUUUGUGGAGCCCUCCUAGGCCCCGGGGAGAGUAUGAAAGCUCACCUCCAGACUCAUGUUGUGGAUGACACUGAUCCUGAGUUUUGUCAAGUCUGUGGUAAAAUGUUCACCACGAAGCUUAGGCUGAAAAAGCACAUGAGGGUUCACACAGGAGAGAAACCGUACCGCUGCGAGGAUUGUGGCAGAUGUUUCAGUGAUGCGGCCAAUCUGAUCGGACACAAACGGACUCACACCGGUGAGAAGCCGUACCGCUGCCAAGAAUGUGGCCAAGGGUUCACUCAAAGCGGACACCUGGUUUUGCAUAGGCGGAAACACACGGGGGAGAAGCCGUAUCUCUGUCCGGUUUGUGGGAAAAGUUUCAGCACCAGAUCCAAUUACACAGGACACAUGAGAGUUCACACUGGAGAGAAACCGUACCACUGCCAUGAUUGUAGCAAAUGUUUUAGCAACACGGCUAAUCUGAGAGCGCACCGGAGGAUCCAUACGGGGGAGAAGCCAUAUCGUUGUGAUUACUGUGGCAAAGGAUUUGCUCAGAACGGGAAUCUUAAAAUGCACAUUAAGACCCACAGGAAAAAAAUGUUACAGGCUCAUUCCAGUAUGACACUGAAGAGCACCCAAAUUGGGUGAAAAGAAACUCGGUCCUUCUGUGACUGUGGAUGUUUUUGCCAAGUGGACAUUUGGAGUGUUUAUAAGAAAGGUACAACACAGUCGCAGGGUUGCAUUUCUGCUGGAGAGAAGGUUGAUCUGAAUCACCUUAAAGUGCUUAUGAGGAUUCCCACAUGGCGGUCAGAUGCCGUGCAAGUGUUCUGCAGAAAAUGUUACAUCAGUAGUGCAUUAACUAGUCAUUGAACAAGUCACAUUAAGCACUUAUGAAUGCCUACAAACUUUUCUGUUGGCCACAACCUUUAUGGGAGUUUGAUGAAUACAUGUCUAGGUGUUCGGAAAAGGGGCAUCAGACAAAGUAUUUAGAGGUCAUCUGCUUUUGGAGGAGAUUGUGAGUACACACCCUUCCUGAAAUAGCUCUUGGGUCAAGAUAUCACUGAACCAGAGUUGUGAGCAGGGUUGAAAAGUACCACAUUGCACUCAUCGCUCUAGGAGCAUGACAUCCUUUCCCACAAUGCAACAUACUAACAGGAAAUGAGACCCCCGCUCCAUAUUUGCUCCAUUCAAUUUAGCACCACUGAGCAGGCUAUGUCUGAAUCUAAAGAAGGCUGAAGAAAUUAAAACUGCAAUGAUGAUGAGCAAAAUUGGAUCAGGACAGAUGGAUGCUAAUCCAAUAUUUCUGAAACCCGUUCCGCGCUCUAGCCAAAUUACGCACACAUUGCUCACCGCUGCUCCAACAUACUCCCACCUGAAACAGCUAAAACCUGCAGAACUUAAAUAACAAAAAGAAGAGUCCCUGCUCAUUACUCUGACACAGGAAACACAUUUUAGUCGAUGUCCUCUGUUUUGUGCUCUUUUGUAUUGAGAGUAAAACAACUUUUUAAGUCAUACAUGAAAUCUGUUCAGGACUCUGUUUUAAUUUAUCUGUCAAACUUUUCCAAAUGUUUGCAACUUAAUGCCUUGUGACCAGCAGAGAUUAAUACAUUUAUGCCAAAUGAA